AUGUUUUCGCCAGAGGCUUCGAUCCAGAGCGCGCGCAGCUCCCUGCGCAAUCCCCGACGCCGCCAGCGCAAGGACUCGGACGGCCCCCAGCAGCAACGGAGCCGGAAGCGCAGUAAGCUCAACGAUGAGGCCUUCAAGGACCCAGCCGGCGCGCACAUGAACGGAAAUGGGAGCGUUCAGAUUAAUGGUCAUGCAGUUCAGAGCGUCGAGAAUUCCGUCGUUCUGGUUGACAUGCCCGUUCGCGAGAAGAAGACAGCACCGAAGCAGCGCGCGCCCAAAGAAGAGACUGGCUCAUAUCUUACAAAAAACGCAAACUACAGCGUAAAGAAACUCCCCGGCUUUCCGUCAGCGCUUCUCCGCCCUUCGACCCCCAUAUACGCAACCGCCCUCCCCUCGGCUGGUCUCGCGCUCGCCCUGACUUCGGAUCGAGCCCUCGUCUGGGACUAUAGCGUCCCGAACGGCCCUACAAAGGUCGUCUCCUUAAAUCUGGGCUUUGGUCUAAGACCAUCCGAGCCUCUGCCACUAGGUGCCAUCGUACGCAACGGCCCCACAAACGACUUCGGCGUCGUCGCACUCGCGCCUUCGACAGGCAAAAUCAGUUUCUGGGAGAGCAUCGACAGCGCCGAUACCCGAAGCCUCUAUCCCCAGCGCCAACAAGGAGUGGAGGGCUUCGUCAAGCUAUACUCCGGAGAAACCAUAACUGAUUUGGUAGACGUCGAGCAUGCGGGCUAUGUCCUGGUCUUCAGCAGCGGCAGGUUGGCUCAACUUACCCUGCGCGACUCGCAAGGCAGACCCAAUGUUGUAACCACCGUUUUAAGCGCACCGAACAGUUCGGGUGGUAGCUUCUUCAGUCUCAAGGGCCUGUUGGGAGGAUCGAUUCGCAAAACCAUUGCCUCAGUCAAGGCCCGCACUUCGCAGUCAAAGGGCCAUAUGGAUGUCAUAUCCGCAACAAAGAAUGGUCUCUUUCAGCUUUGGGAUUUGAGCUGGUCAGGACAACAUAGCCAUCAUCGGGAUGUGGAUGUACACGAUGCAAUUCUUUCGGCGCUCCAGGUUGACACUGUGCCGGAGAUACGCAGUCAGCAGGAUGUGCAUGUGUUGGACUUUGCGAUUGUCGAACAACAGCAGAGACAUGACGUUGUUGAGCUUCUCGUGUUGGUGGCCUUGUCUGGUCGAGAUUCCAUGGAUUAUUCUCUCCUUGAAUUGGUCUUAUCAGGAGCCGGAGGCACAGUCAACAGGGUGAUUCCGCUUCGCAAUUUUCACCAACCCCAGCUACCAAAGGAGCCUACCGGAGCCCUGUUGGUCCCGCAACCCGGACAUACCGCAUAUGUGCAGUUCCCAGGCGCCGUGUGUGUGACUGCCCUCACCCGACCCGAAGAAAGCCCCGAAGCACAACUACUUGCAGAUGCCGGGCGACCCAGCUUGCCUUUCCAGGACACAAUAUACUUCCGUCCAGAUGUAACGAUAUCUGGAAAUGCCCUGGAGAUAGCGCUACGAAAGGACAGGCGAGCGACCGCACUUAUCUUUGUCCAACAAUUCGGACUUUUGCAGAUUAGUGCGCUAUCGCCAACUACGGACGAACAGGACAAUGAGCGAGCCAAGGUCACAGCACUCAGCAAGCUUGAGCAAGCGACAUUUUUCAGCACCAUCCCUGGCAACAUUAUUGAUUUCUCAGUCAAGUCACGGUUUUCAUUUCCAGAGGAAGAGACUGCAGAGGCGGCGCGUGCCAUUAGCGCUGGUAUUUUGAGCUCAUCCUACGACUACCUGGAGAAGACCACCUCAAAUAUGGACGAACAAUUCCAGCAACGUACUAGCGCCCUGCAAACUUUGAUCUCGCAACUGCAAAGCAAUUACCCACCACUAUCUUUUGAUACAAAGUGGCGGCUGCUUUGGCAUGCGGAAAAGCUAACGGCUGCACAUAAGCUGUGGAACUGGUACCAGGACAAACUGCAGGAUCAGCAAGCUCAUCCAGACGCGUAUCCGGAAAAGAUUCUAAUGAGCGAUAUCAUCAGAGCCCUGAAUGAGCGCUACAAGACACCCAUCGACCCUGAACUUGGCGAGACCGAUACUAUCCGACAAUUCUUCCUCAAGGAUGUCGACUCCCUAGGUGUGUUGAUUCCUUGGGGCUGGUUCUACCUGCGAACCUUUUAUAUGAAAGAGGGCGCAAAGGAACAGGGGUCAAUUAUGCAGAGGCUCAGUGAAGGCACUGAUGUCAUGCUUGUGGCUUUGGAGGCUGCCUUUGAAUUUCGGCAAGCCAAUGUGGAAUUGUAUGGGCUCGAUGGCGAUUGUCUCGACGACGGGAUUCUCAGACCAGAAGAAGGCUACGACCUGCUUCCCCAGUUCUGGACAUCGUCUCACAACAUUGUCAGCUCAAUUCGCAGCCUCAUUGAUGUUGGCCGGAAUCUCGCAGUGGAAAACUAUGAAGAAGGCUACCAGGAGAUUCUUGCGCAAAAGAUUGGCAAAGACAAUCCUCGUCUGGUGAAGCUGGGUUGCCAAACGCAUAUCGAGCGCUUCCAAUGGGCUCUUGCGCAGAGUGAUGAGAAGACGCGAGCAAUGGGCCGCAGUCUCAAGGAUGAAUGGAACAACAAUGUCCGACCAUCGCACAUUAUGGGCCUGAUGGAGAUUGGGCUCGCAACCGAAGGAAUGAAGCUGGCUGAACAGUACCGGGACAUGCCUACGCUAGUGAGCCUCAUCUGGGAAGAGACGAACUGGCUCGAAUCAGAAAAGGCGAGCACACGCAGCAAGAUGGAGCAGGCGGAAAGCACCGUCAAGCUCAACCGGAUCAAGGAGCGUAUCGCACGCUACUUUGCCAUCUACGGCGACGAGUGGGCUGGAGCCUUCUACAACAAGUACAUUACCGAGAACCAAGCGGGCCAGCUGUUCAUGAAGGACUACCUCAACCAACCAGCGCUUACCAAAUUUCUGCGCUCUGAACCUUCACGUGUGCGGCUCGCGUGGAUCAAUGAUGUGUGCGGCGAGAAGGAUUACGAGGCAGCCGCCGAGGCACUGUACGAGGCUGGAUCGAAGCAGGAGACCAACUCGUGGUGUCAGCGUGUGGAGCUCUCCAUGGCCAAGCUCGCUCUGUUGUGCAAGAAAGAAGUGAAAGAGGGCGACGAACAGCAACCACUGUUUGAUGGGCGCAGGGAGAAGCCAAAGGCUCUGAAGAUGCGCGAAGCCAUGUUUCAGAGCAUCGAACAGCAGUUGGAGUACACCAAGAUCCAAGAGGAGGUCUACGAGCGACUGCUCCCCGUUAUCACGGGUGCUCUGGACGAGGACUCUGCCGUCGAACUGUUGAUGAAUGAGUUUGGUCAAGGCCGUCUCAAGGACCGACCAGCGCAUCAGGCGAUUCUCAAGGAAGGCUUUGAGAAUCUUGUGCAGCACAAGGUGAUUGAUGCGGCUCUCAUGAUUGACAUUCUUACGUUGAUGAAUGCGGAUGACAGCGAGGAUGCCACAACUCUGCUGGGAGGAGACGAGUUUGUCUACGCCUUUAGGGUUCUGGUUGUGAGCUGGCAAAACAUUCACCGAACGACACGCGAAGGCCUAUUGAAGCUGGUGUGGAAGCGACUGGCUAUCAAAGAUGAUUGGGCUACGAUUAACAACACGAGGGACAUUACGGACGCUAGGAUCACCGAUGUGCUCCGGGAUACUGCAGUAUCAUGGACAUUCCGGGCCUUGUUCAGGAUGUGUGCCGAGAACCCGUUUGCUCGGAUUGUAUGGCCUAAGAGCCUGCGGGAUCUUCUUGGAGCCGGGGGUACGCAUGGCGAGCUUUGUGUGCGCUUUGCAGCUGAGGAUCUCCGCGAGCCCAUUAUCAGGGACAACCUGCUUGACGACGAUAUUCUACAAGAGCACUUGGAAAAGAACAGGCUUAGUGACUGGUUCAAGGAAGCAUGGAAGGCAGGCAGGGCAAUGUAUGACGAGGAGCUAGUGCUCGAGGGCAAAGCGCAAGCGGCACCUGCCGAGCCCGAGACGACAGUCAAUGGAGCAGGAGCAGAGGCAGAGAUUGAAGCAGAAGCAGAGGCAGCGGGGUCGGACACAUUUGAUGGAGACGAUGAGAGCGCGUUGGAGCAGGAACGCGAUGUUGAGAUGUUGGAGUCGUGA